UUGAUCUGCAGGGGAUUCUCCAAUAUGAUACUCGUGUUUACUGCCACCUUUACCUUCCUGGCACUGACCUCACUGGACCAGGUGGAUUGUUCAGCAUAUGACAAGAUAGUCUCCCACAGUCGCAUCAGAGCCAAGAACGAAGGGCCCAAUAUGUGUGCUUUACAACAAGUCAUGGGGACCAAAAAAAAGUACUUCAGCACAUGCAGAAACUGGUACAAGAAAUCCAUCUGCGGCAAGAAGGCGGUGGUUUUAUAUGAAUGCUGCCCAGGUUAUAUGAAGCUAGACGGGAAGCGUGGGUGCCCUGCAGUGGCACCUAUUGACAGUGUUUAUGGCACUCUUGGUCUGGUGAACGCCAAGAUCACCCAAGAGUAUUCUGAGAAGUCCAAACUAAAGGAAGAAAUCGAAGGAGCUGGCUCUUACACAAUGUUUGCACCAAGCGAUGAUGCCUGGGAACUGUUAGAUCCAACAACUUCCCUGGUCAGCAGAGAAACCCGAGAGCUUUACAAUACACUCCACUAUCACAUGGUCAGCAAACGUCUUCUCACCAAAGACCUGAAGAAUGAAAUGACCAUUCAGUCCAUGUUUAACAAGCAAGGCCUCUAUAUUAAUCACUACUCAAAUGGAGUUGUAACUGUAAAUUGUGCCAGGAUCAUUCACGGCAACCAGGUGGCCACUAAUGGAGUCGUCCAUGUCAUUGAUCGAGUCAUCAGUGUCAUAGGCCAAACGAUAAAAGAUACAAUCGAAACCAACAGUGAGCUCUCUUCAUUGAGCGCAGCUGCUGUAUCAUCGGGUCUCUUGAAACAACUGGGCAAGCCUGGAUACUACACACUCUUUGCCCCAACCAAUGAGGCCUUUGAGAAACUAGACAGAGAUGUCUUGGAAAGACUUAUGAGUGACAAAACCGUACUUCAAGCACUUUUGAAGUACCACAUUCUGAACUCCAUCCAAUGCUCUGAGGCCAUUAUGGCAGGCUCCAUCUAUGAGACUAUUGAAGGCAGUAACAUUGAGAUUGGAUGUGAUGGUGAGAGCCUUACAGUUAAUGGCAUCAAGAUGGUGCUGAAGAAGGACAUUGUCACCAGCAAUGGUGUCAUUCAUCUGAUCGACCAGGUGUUAAUGCCAGACUCAGCCAAGCAGGUAAUGGAGCUUGUGGGCCCAUCUCAGAACAUCUUCAGUGACAUGGUGUCUGAGCUCGGCUUCUCUGCCGCCUUGAAGCAUAAAACUGAAUACACUGUUCUUGCUCCCUUGAAUGGAGCCUUCUCUGAUGAGAUAAUGUCUAUGGACCAGCGUCUCUUGAAGAUUUUUCUGGAAAACCACAUCUUGAAACUCAAGGUUUCUCUCAGUGAACUCUACAAUGGCCAACUGCUUGAAACCCUGGGAGGAAAAUUGCUCAGAGUCUUCAUUUAUCGCACGGCUGUGUGUAUUGAGAAUGCUUGUAUGGUGAGAGGCAGCAGAGAGGGCAGUAAUGGAGUCCUUCAUCUCAUGAGGUCACUGAUCCAACCAGCCCAAACCACCAUCUAUGAGAUGCUCUUGAAAGAUGGACGCUUCAAAAUCUUCCUGUCUCUGAUGGAGAGUGCUGGACUGACAGAUCUGCUGAAACAGGAGGGAUCAUACACUCUAUUUGCUCCCACUGAUGAGGCCUUUGAAACCCUGACAGAGGAAGACAUCACUCUUUUAAAAAGUGAUAUCAACACCCUGAGGACAAUCCUGCUGUACCAUUUUAGCAAUGGCGUCUUUAUAAAUGGCGGGCUGGAGGGUGGAGUGACUAACCUUCUAAAGACCAUCCAGGGUAACAACCUCCAAGUGCUCUCUGUUAACAACUCCAUCCAUGUGAACUCGGUGGAUGUUCCAGAUUUUGAUCUUAUGGCAUCCAAUGGAGUGGUCCAUGUAGUUAAGACCAUAUUAUAUCCUGCAGAUCUGCCAGUUGGCCGUGAAGACAUAUUGUUUCUUCUGAAGAGACUCAUUAAACACAUGCAGCUGAAGUUCAAAUCCGGAUUCACAUACCGUGAGAUUCCACUUACAUUCAUCCGGAGGACUAUAACUACGAAUGUCAUUAAUAAAGGUCCUGAGAUCAAGGUGAUUGAGAAAGAUCCGCCCAUUACAAAACUGACCAGGAUUAUUGAGCAAAAGCCUAGUGGCACUCAAGUGCGAAUAGAGGGGGAGACUGGAAAGGUCACCAGAGUCACUGAACGUGAGCCAACCACCAAAGUAGCUAGAAUCAUCGAGGGCCAGCUGCCAGUUACUACAGUCACCAAAGUGAUUGAAUCUGAGCCUGUAGCUGAAAAGAUUGGGAUUAAAGGAGAUCGGACUAUCUCCAAAGUUUCAAGAGUAAUUGAAGGAGAUCCGAGUAUCACCAAAGAUACAAGAGUGAUUGAAGGAGAUCCGAGAAUCACCAAAGUUACAAGAGUGAUUGAAGGAGAUGAUACAAGAGUGAUUGAAGGAGAUCCGAGUAUCACCAAAGUUACAAAAGUGGUUGAAAGAGAUCCGAGUAUCACCAAAGUUACAAAAGUGGUUGAAGGAGAUCCGAGUAUCACCAAAGUUGCAAGAUUGAUUGAAGGAGAUCCUAGUAUCACCAAAGUUACAAAAGUGGUUGAAGGAGAUCCGAGUAUCACCAAAGUUACAAAAGUGGUUGAAGGAGAUCCGAGUAUCACCAAAGUUGCAAGAUUGAUUGAAGGAGAUCCUAGUAUCACCAAAGUUACAAAAGUGGUUGAAGGAGAUCCGAGUAUCACCAAAGUUACAAAAGUGAUUGAAGGAGAUCCUAGUAUCACCAAAGUUACAAAAGUGGUUGAAGGAGAUCCGAGUAUCACCAAAGUUACAAAAGUGAUUGAAGGAGAUCCUAGUAUCACCAAAGUUACAAAAGUGGUUGAAGGAGAUCCGAGUAUCACCAAAGUUACAAAAGUGAUUGAAGGAGAUCCGAGUAUCACCAAAGUUACAAAAGUGAUUGAAGGAGAUCCGAGUAUCACCAAAGUUACUAGAGUGAUCGAAGGAGAUCCGAGUAUCACCAAAGUUACAAGAGUGAUUGAAGGAGAACCGAAUAUCACCAAAGUUACAAGAGUGAUUGAAGGAGAUCCAGGUACCACCAAAGUUACAAGAGUGAUUGAAGGAGAUCCAAGUACCACCAAAGUUACAAGAGUGAUUGAAGGAGAACCGAGUAUCACCAAAGUUACAAGAGUUAUUGAAGGGAAGCCAUCAAUUACAAAGGCCACAAGGUUCAUUGAAACCCACAGUGCCUCCUCUGAUGGUGAACUUGACGCUGAUGGAGAAACCAAAACAGUUGUGGGUGAAGAUUUAACUAAGGUGAAAACGUUUUCGGACAGUGAAGUACACAUCCUCCGGGAGGAAGAUAUCAAACACAUCACUGAUGCAAUCACUCAGGGAGGUGGACCAGGGCUCACCACUAUUACUGGAGUAAUCAAACCUGUACCUCAGAUCAUUGAAGGUGAACCAGGGAUCACCACUGUUACCAGAAUAAUCAAGCCAGAGUAUCAGAUGGUUGAAGGUGGAACAGGGCUCUCCACAAUUACCAGAGUCAUCAAACCAGAACCUCAGAUCAUUGAAGGACCAGACUUCUCAAAGAUUGUAUCUCUCAAAGACAAUCAAGACCUCUUUGAUGCAGAGACAGAGAGAAUCACCAAAAUCAUUAAGGAGGGACGAUCUAAAAAACGAGCUGCCAUCAGACAGUCACCAGCAGGAACAAGGAGAAGAGUGAGACUGGUAAGGCGUCACAACAAACCUAGACAGUGAGACUGUUUUAACUCUCAAAAUCCCUUAAAAAAGAUUGGCGCUGAUGAAUCAAAUGGAUGCUUACUUUAUCUGGAGCUACAGCUUAAGGGAAAGACAGUGUUGUUGAACAGUGUGUUUGUCCUGACAAAUACACCUUUUAUUACAAACCACAUAGAAUGUUUGCACAUUACAAACCAAUGCAGUAAUAUCUUGGAUUUGUGUGGUAUACACCCCCGAGGGGUACUUGAAAUGGUGGUGGUUAACAAGAGAGAAAUUGUUAGUUUUUUAAGCUGUUUAUAUUUUGUCUUUAAAUAUACUGUAUAAUGUAUGUUUCAUAAAAGUGCUUAAAGAGCCUUGUCAUUGAGCGUAUCAUGCACAUGGUAUUUUAUGGUGCUUGCAUUCAGAGAUAUGAAUGCAUUUUUAUGUGUAAGGAUCAGCAAAGCUUUGGCUGUUUUAUACAGAGUUUCCUGUAAAUUAUGCAACUUUCGACUAUGCAUUUUUUACUCUUGUUGCUUUAUAAUUUUUUUAUUGACAGCUGUCUAAAACAUUUUUUUUUUUUUUUUUUUUUUUUUUUAUAGACUGGGUUGUUUUAUUAGUGUAUUGUUCAAAUUAAAAUCAUGCUAAAAUAAGCCUCAAUGGUGAUUAAAAAAAUAAAAUAAAACCAAUUC